AUGCGGCUGUGGCCUUCGCCAGAGGAUGCCAGCGUGCCUUCUGCCGUCGAGGCGACGCCUGCGUUCCCCCUGCGAGCACGCGGGGGCAUGUUCUUUGAGGCCUUCCACACGAAAAUACCCAGGCAGCCAGCGACGCUGCUCGCAUCUUUUCUGGACGCGCCCGCGAGAGCCAGCAGUUUCGAGGACGCGAAGGACGGGGAGACGGAAGUUGUGGAGGAGCACGAUUGCGGGUACUGCUUGGCCACCGGUGAAAAGCGCUGCUGUGAGUUCCAAGAGGAAGGCACCUGCACCAACUGCUGCAAAGAGCACUUCAGCACCGACCUCUACUGCAGAAUGAACUGCACAAGGAUGUGCCGGCGAGGCAUCUUCAGGACGUGGUCGGGCGGCAAGACAGACGUUCCCGUGUGCCCCGUGGGCGAGCCCAACCAGGCCAUACAGAGCUUUGACCUGGCCAAGAUGAAGGACAAGUUUCUCAACCCCUACCUGGACUGGAAGGGCGAGAAGUUCGAGAAGGAGUGGCUAGCAGCACAUCCGCCCAGCCCCACGGAGAAGUGA